AUGAUCAUAGCUCACUAAGCCAUUUUAAGAUGCUUAUAUGCUUACUUUCAUCAAAAUGAGAUACCAGAAGUACCCACUCUGGAUAUACCUUUACAUUGUGUUAUAAAAUUGACUCCGGCUGCCUACUUUUGCGAUGAAAAAAGAGUGCUGAUCAACCCUUAGACUGGAGAAAUCUCAAUCAAGGAAGAGUAUGUGCAAGAAUUUGUGAGAUCCAAGAGUAAAUAGAAGAGUUUUAUUGAUUUAUGAUUAUAUUCAUCAAAAUGUUAAUGGAGUGAUCAU